AUGUCCCAGCCCGUCCCAGCCCUCCCAGCCGAAGUCGUAAACCUUAUCGUCUCCUUCGCCCUCGCUCAGGGCUAUCGUCCCGACUCGCCUCUCCCAGCGCUCCGCCAAACGAGCAGAGCGUACCACCGACUCGUCAACGCAAGUCUCUACUCGCACGUCGAGAUCGCGCAGUCGCUCGCGCCGUUGACAGCGGGCACGGUCGAGGUGGACGUCAUCUCGCCCGCUGGCGUCGAGCUGAGCCCCAAACGGCGCCGCCGGCUCAUCGGCGGGCGAUACACCGUGCUCCGUGGGCCCGGGGGCGCGCGCCUGCCCGGCCUCGACUGGAACGGAGGCGACGGCGCACGCGAGGCAUGUAUCCAGCGCAUGGUGCAGUACACGCGCGCAAUCGACUACGUCCACACCGACACGCUCAAGACGCUCACCAAGCACUUCUUCCCCCUCGAGCACGCGCUGCCGAGCCUCACGACAUACCGCCGCAAGGGGCGCACGCCGAGCGGGUCGAUGAAUAACCCGCUACUUGGGACAGUGGUCACGUUCCUCGACUGCCCCUCGGAGCCGGUCUACGAGGGCGACGACUACGCCAUGAUGGGCGAGGACUCGGCCGCCGACACGGCGUACCUCCACAACCUGGAGGCGGGAUGCGACGUCCUCUACGCCGACAGUCUCGCGCCCAGCGUCCACACGGCUGUCUUCAACAUCACCUUCAAGACCGAGUGCGUGCCCCCCACGGCCAUGUGGCUCGGCAAGUGUCGCGGCCUUGCCAAGGUUGUCUUCAUCCUCGACACGUUUGACUGCGUGUCCGAGCAUGUGUGGGACUACCCGCUCGGCGUGCUCGCCUACCUCGUCACGGCCGUCGCCAAGGCGCGGACAGCAAUGGAGGUGGUCUUCGUGCUCAACGACCUCGGCAACGAGUGGCUAGGCAAGAUUGAGCUCCCGGUUGGCGCGGAGGAGCGGCGAGAGGCGCUGCGCGCCGCUAUCGUCGCCGAGAUCGCUGCUGAGCGGGCAGAGGACGACACGACGCCCAUGUCGAGCGUCACCGUCUGUUCGCCCGAGUCGUUCCGAGCGACGCAGACGCCAGAGUUCUACGACCUCUGUACCCUGCCGUGCUCGUCGUCGCUGCUGUGA